GGUGCGCACAGCGUCUGCCCCGUCCUCGGAAAUACUUCUUCCACUCGACUCACCUGAUUUCAUCUCAGACGACUCCCACUUUCACUUCUGUCCUUGUCUCUUUGUGCACCGCAACUCCCUGCGGCGCUCGUGGCUUUAAAAUUUCCGUGCGCAACAGCUGGGCAGAAAAGGUGCGUUUAGUGCUCCUGCGAGGCUGUUGAACACAUUUGGGAAGGGGGGUGGUGGGGGGGGACCCGUUCGGCUCCCCCAUUAGCUACAAUCACCAACGCCGAUGAAGAUUAUGGAUCUACUAACAGAAACCCUGCACGGCAUUAUUAAACUAGCAGCGGUUAACUGAUGGAGUUCCAGACCACUUCUCCUCCUCGGGGAUUCUUUUUUGUUCCCCAAUGAUGGACGGAAGACUGUCCUCGGAGACUUUCACACCUGUUUGUGCGGCCUGUGCCAACACAUGAAAGGGCGAAACAUGUUUUGUCUGCUGAAAUCCCGCGGCGGGUCGGACAGCGGCAGGGCUACGGGGAUCAGAAAUGGGACAAAAGUACCACAUCACUCCAAACCCCUCUCCAAAAUGUGCUUCACUUUUAUCCUGCUCCUGCUCAUUUUCACGCCCAGAGUGGAUUCAUCGUGGUGGUACAUUGGAGCGUUGGGUGCUCGGGUGAUCUGUGACAACAUUCCCGGCCUGGUGAACAAGCAGCGGCAGCUCUGCCAGCGGCACCCGGACCUCAUGCAGUCCAUUGGAGAGGGAGCCAAAGAGUGGAUCAGAGAGUGCCAGCGCCAGUUCAAACACCACCGCUGGAACUGCAGCACGCUGGACCGGGACCACACCGUGUUUGGCAGGGUGAUGCUGCGAAGCAACCGAGAGGCAGCCUUCGUGUACGCUAUCUCCUCAGCAGGGGUGGUCUACGCCAUUACCAGAGCCUGCAGUCAGGGGGAGCUUAAGAUCUGCAACUGCGACAGCCACAAGCGUGGGCAAGCGAGUGACGAAAGGGGCAAUUUUGACUGGGGUGGAUGCAGCGACAACAUCAACUACGGCAUAAAGUUUGCCAGGGCCUUCGUAGAUGCUCGGGAGAAGAUGGUGAAAGAUGCUCGUGCGCUAAUCAACCUGCACAAUAACCGGUGUGGUCAGAUGGCAGUGAAGCGCUUUAUGAAGCAGGAGUGCAAGUGUCAUGGGGUCAGUGGCUCCUGUUCUCUGAGAACCUGUUGGCUGGCUAUGUCUGACUUCAAGCAAACUGGAGACUACCUCCACAAGAAGUACAACACAGCCAUCGAGGUGACCAUGAACCAGGAUGGGACAGGUUUUAUGGUUCCUGACAAGUACUUCAAUAGGAGCACCAAGAACGAGUUGGUGUAUGUCGAGAAGUCACCAGAUUACUGUCUCACGGACCGUGCAGCAGGCUCCUUGGGCACAGCGGGCAGAGUGUGCAACAAAUCGUCGAAAGGCACGGACGGCUGUGAGGUCAUGUGCUGCGGGCGGGGCUACGACACCAUGCGAGUCAAACGUGUCACCAAGUGUGAGUGCAAGUUCCAGUGGUGUUGCGCUGUGGAGUGCAAAGACUGCGAGGACGUGGUGGACGUUCACACCUGCAAGCCCCACAAGCGACCUGACUGGCUGGACAUUACCUAAUGAGGAGACAUGGCCAGGGUCACCACUGACUCAUUAACGUCUGCGCUAAUGACUGCAUUUUUACUAUGCGAUAUAUAAUUGGGAUCUCUUAACUGUAAUACCUCUGGCUUUUGAUCCUUUGACACUUCCUGAAGCAGAGACUUCAUAGACCUUUAUUGGAUGAUGUUAAACUGGAAAUUAGGCCCAGUAACUGAUUGCGUGUUGCUUUAAUAAGUGCUUAUAAGAACAAUUUGUUGAGCUUUUGUAAAACUUUGACUCUUUGAUACAAAAUGGCUGAAUAUGAUAUUCUGUUGCAAAUGCACCCUUGGUUAAGGCAGAGAUAUGAAGUAAUGUCUGCUUGUUUUACAGUAUGUAAAGACUGUGUGAGUACAUGACUCAGCCGAAAUUGAUGAUCAUAAUAAUAGUAACAUUUAGCCUGAAGAGAGAUAAAGAAAGAAAGAUGGAGAGAUCUUUGAGAUUUUGUACAAACACUGACACUGUAUCAUUUAAAUGACAUGAAGCCAUUGUAUGGUACUGCAACAAAUCAUUUAAAACACAAAAGACUUCGCUUCUAAUUAAUGCAACUUUAACAAACUAACAAAAAGUUCUUUCUUGAUUAAGGCCGGAUAAUCAAACUGUGAAACCAAAGAAACCAGAAGCAGGAGAACAAGCAAGUACUUUCAGUUAAAGUGGCAGUAUACUGUACUUGCUGUGGAGUCAGAUUUCGCUAGGUUCUUGGGAGAAAAAAAGGACACACUAACAUGAAAAAUGAAGCCUCAUAUGGACUGUGGUCUGAAGAAGUUGCCAUUUUUCAUCCGGUAUCCUGCAUAUUUGAAUGUUUGUAACUGGUUUAACACAGGCUGGUUGUGUUGCCUAAUGGAAAACUUUCUCACUUCUACCUCUGGUUCUUUGUUUGUGUUUCCAUUUUUACUGACAACUGUUGUCUGUUCAGAGAGACAACAGUUCUGCAUAAAAAAAAAACACAGCCCCCAUAGUCAUUUCAGUUAGAUCUUUGAGACAAAAUAAUGCACAGCGGUCUGGUGAAAAAGUUGAACCCAGCUUAACAUUUGCCGCAACACCAUACGAUGUCAUCCGACAAGCACAGGCCAAUCAAAUACAUGAAAGCAUAUUCUCUGUAGAUCAUUUUGUGAAUGCCGCAAUUCUGUUUACCUGAG